UACUGCUUUACUGAAAGAAGUGACGUGUGCUGACUUUGUGUUUUAUUUUGAAAGGCAGGCCCGGAUGUCAGCGUGUACUCUGUCUUUAAAGCAGGACACGCUUGGAUCUGCAGGGACAGUUGAGCCGGGCUCGUCCACAUCACUGGUCGAUGUGUGUGGAAGAACAAACGCCUCUGUGUUUCUGCCUGAGAGACACCUGCGAACGUCUUCCCUGAAGGCAGCAGAGACGGUGCUGCCCUCUUGGAAAAGUGUUUUUACCCUCGGACGAGCUCCGCUCCCCGCUGAGGAUGGAGAAGUACGAGAAGAUUGGAAAGAUCGGAGAGGGCUCCUACGGCGUCGUCUUCAAGUGCAGAAACAAAGACACGGGGCAGAUUGUCGCCAUCAAGAAGUUUGUGGAGUCGGAGGACGAUCCCAUCAUCAAAAAGAUUGCACUGAGGGAGAUAAGGAUGCUCAAGCAACUGAAACACGCCAACCUGGUAAAUCUGAUCGAGGUUUUUCGACGUAAACGGAAACUUCACCUGGUGUUUGAGUACUGCGACCACACAGUCCUGAACGAGCUGGACCGACAUCCCAGAGGAGUCCCGGAGCACCUUGUAAAAAGCAUCACCUGGCAGACGCUCCAAGCCGUCAACUUCUGUCACAAACAGAACUGCAUCCACAGAGACGUCAAGCCGGAGAAUAUCCUCAUCACCAAACACCAAGUCAUCAAACUCUGUGACUUUGGCUUUGCCAGGAUUCUCACUGGUCCUUGUGACUACUACACAGACUACGUGGCCACUCGCUGGUAUCGGGCCCCUGAGCUGCUGGUGGGAGACACUCAGUACGGCCCUCCGGUGGACGUGUGGGCCAUCGGCUGUGUGUUCGCUGAGCUGAUGUCGGGGAUCCCUCUGUGGCCCGGGAAGUCCGACAUGGAUCAGCUGUACCUGAUCAGAAAGACUCUGGGAGACCUGAUCCCUCGACAUCAGCAGGUUUUCAGCAACAACCAGUUCUUCAGCGGAGUUUCAAUCCCGGAGCCACUAGAGAUGGAACCUUUGGAGCAGAAAUAUCCGAACCUCUCGCAUCAAGCUCUGAGUCUCAUGAAGGGUUGUCUGAGGAUGGACCCGUCUGAGCGGCUGACCUGCGAGCAGCUCCUCCAGCAUCCGUACUUCGACAGCCUGCGGGAAAAAAGCCUGUCUCGAGAGCAGGACCGCUCCGUCAACAAGAGGACGCGCUUACCUCGCAAACACCUUCCCCCUGGGUAUUUGCCACAGCUGACCGGCAGCAGCAUCUUCCCAUCUCUGGACAAUAAGAAGUACUACAACAACCUGCGCAAGUUCAACUAUCACCUGCCGAACAUCUAAACACACUGAUCUGAAUCUGACCCUGAACACAUCACCGUCAAGCAUCAACGUUUUCUGAAAAACCUCAGGAAACGCAGCAGCCUCUGGCAGCACCUUUAUUUCCUCAAAGCCUUCGAGAGGAUCCAACCACUUUUUAAAAUGUUCAGUUUUUCCACGUGAGGUGUGUCGGGUGCGUCUUGAUACCGAUGUCAGUCUAUGCACUAUUCCCAACAUAUCGACUCGGGACACGUUGGUUUAUGUACAUUGCCUAUUUCAAGCUGAUUGGGUUGUGUUUUUGUGUAGCUUUGUAAAGACGAGGAGCGACGUGUUGCUCCGCUCGUAGUCGCUGAGUGGACUGAAGGUAAAACUACGACGUACGUACUGCCUUGCCUGGUUUGCCAAAUGUAUUUUUUUAUUAUAUAUAUAUAUAUAUAUAUAUAUAUAUAUAAAUAUAAUGACAGACUCUGUAAGAGUGACAUGUUUUGGUAGUGAGUUUUAUGAUUGGUCCUAAGUUAUAACGUAGGACACAAACUUUGUCACAGAUAACGACUCAUGAGCAUUUCUGAAAAUAUUUAUUGACGUCAGGAGUGAAUACAGUCGUAAACAUUCCCUUAAACCACUUUUCACACGCAUUUAGCAGCGACAGCACGACGCUGUACUCGUUAUCUCUGGAACUUUGGUGCUAUGGAUGUUCUCAGCCAUCUGUCUGUCCUCAUAUUGUACAAAUGCCAAAUUAAUCUAAAGAGAAAUUAUUUUAAAGACUAUUGAAUCCUUGAUUCCUCAGCAUUUUCUCAAAUUCUUUCUCUCUGUGUACAUAUGGAGUCACUUUUAAUACUUUGAAUGUUGACAAUAUAAUAAAGUAAAGAAUAGUUCACUAUUAGGAAAAAAAAAAAAAAAUGGUGUCAACAAUAUAAAGUGCUUUAACUUUU